UUGAGCCUCUCUCUUUGAGUAUCUGGCAGAAGGUUCUGAGCCAAGCGGAAGGGAAACUUGCCUUUUGGGGAGAAGCACCCCUUGCUCACCAGGAACAUGAAGCAACUUCUCUUGCUCAUUUUCGGCCUGGUGUUGCUGGCACAAAUGGUCAGCGCUUUAAGGAUCUGUGCAUUCAACAUCCAGAGCUUCGGGGACACCAAACUGUCAGAUGAAGGCACCUCCAAAAUAAUUGUGAAGGUCCUCUCCCGCUAUGACAUUGCCAUGGUGCAAGAGGUGCGGGACUCCGACCUGAGUGCCGUCAAUGAGCUGAUGGAGCGACUCAACAGAGCAUCGAAGGAGCCCUACGAAUUUGAGAUCAGCCAGGCUUUGGGUCGGGAGAACUAUAAGGAGAUGUACCUCUUCAUCUACAGGGCAAGUUCGGUAUCGGUGGUGGACAAGUACCAGUUCCCCAGCAAGAGCAACGCCUUCAGCAGGGCCCCUUUCAUCCUGAAGUUCUCCGCUCCGGAAUUGAAUGGGAAGGACCUCAUCCUGGUCCCGCUCCACACUGCUCCCAAUGAUGCCGUGGCCGAGAUUGAUGCCCUCUAUGACGUCUACCUGAAAAUCAUUGACAAGUGGGGCACCGAUAACAUGAUGUUUCUGGGAGACUUCAACGCGGACUGCAGCUACGUGGGCAAGAAGGACUGGGCCUCCAUCCGCCUCCGGACCAGCGAGGUCUUCAAGUGGCUCAUCCCCGAUGAGGUGGACACCACCGUGGGGGACUCCGACUGCGCCUACGAUCGGAUCGUGGUGAGUGGGGCUCAGCUGAAGAAGUGGGUUAAGCCCAACUCGGCCAAAGUGUUCGACUUCCAGAAGGAGUUCAAACUGAGCCAGGAAAAGGCUCUGGCCGUCAGUGACCAUUUCCCAGUGGAGGUCACUCUGAAGUCUCAAUGAGGCUCCUUUGGCUUCCCUUCUGCUGCCCUGAUGCCAUGCUUGCCUUCCGUCUUCCAAAUGCAAUUUACACAUAUACGAAGCUACAGUCAUGCUGCGCCUAGCUAUCUCUUCGAGGUCCAAUGUAUUCCCUUUAGGGGUGUCACAUGAGUGCUCCCCACAAAGGCUGUCUUGCGGGAAGGACACGGUCAAAGCCCUCCCGACAGAUGACCAUCCAACCUCAAUUCGAACACCUCCAGGGAAGGAGACUCUACGGGACUCCAAGGCAAGGAUUCCCAAAGAGCAUCUAGUCCAGUCCCUUUCUGUUAAGGGAGACACAGUCAAAGCCCUCCCGACAGAUGACCAUCCAGUCUCAGUUCAAACACCUCCAGAGAUGGAGACUCUACUGAACUCCAAGGCAAGGGAUUCCCAAAGAGCAUCAAGUCCAGUCUCUUCUGCCGUUAAGGGAGACACAGCCAAAGCCCUCCCGACAGGUGACCAUCCAACCUCCAUUCGAACACCUCCAGAAAAGGAGACUCUACUGGACUCCAAGGCAAGGAUUCCCAAAGAGUAUCUAGUCCAGUCCCUUCUACCAUUAUGGGAGACACAGUCAAAGCCUCCGGACAGAUGACCAUCCAACCUCCAUUCGAACACCUCCAGAGAAGGAGACUCUACUGGACUCCAAGGCAAGGGAUUCUCAAAGAGCAUCUAGUCCAGUC